CCAUUUUAUGGUGAUUAGGAGUUUCAUAAUAGCUCGACUUUUUUUAAUAGGAUCUCUUCAUCGUGUUUUUCCCUGCAACCGAUCGUUCUUUUGGUAUCUCUGUUUGUGAUUCUAAGCUCUGUUUCAUGGCAGUCUGGUUCACAAGGUCGGGAAAUGUCGCUCGACAUCUCAAAAGAAACAUGGGUUUCUUGGGAAAACUCAACCACAGCUUUUUGGGUUUCCACCAACGUAAUUCCUCACUCGUAUCACCAAUUGACGAAAGCUAUAGAAACGCGGUUGUAGUUCUGAAUAAUGCCAUGGCCCUUUUCUCUGUUCGCUGUUCUGAAUCUACUCUAGCGGAAGCACAACGUGAUUCACGGUACGACGAACACGAAAAUCAGAUCUUGGAUUUUCCUGGAGGGCAGGUAACAUUUACCUCAGAAAUGAGAUUCAUAUCUGAGUCCCCUGAGAAGCGGACAAAAUGCUAUCAGGUCCUUGAUGACAAUGGGAGACCAAUUCUAGGCACCAGUUUCCAACCGCUAAGCAAGGAAUUUGCUGUAAGAAUGUACAGCAACAUGGUCACUCUUCAAACUAUGGACACUAUUUUCUAUGAAGCUCAGAGACAAGGAAGAAUUUCCUUCUACGUUACCUCAAACGGGGAAGAGGCCAUCAACAUUGCAUCAGCUGCUGCCCUCACAUUUGAUGACGUUGUGUUGCCUCAGUAUAGAGAGCCAGGAGUUCUCCUUUGGCGUGGUUUCACCCUGCAAGAAUUCGCAAAUCAAUGCUUUGGGAACAAAGGUGAUAAUGGGAAAGGUCGUCAGAUGCCAAUACACUAUGGGUCCAAAAAGCUCAAUUACUUCACCGUAUCAUCAACAAUUGCUACACAGCUUCCUCAAGCUGUGGGUGCAGCUUAUUCUCUGAAAAUGGAUAGUAAAGAUGCAUGUGUCAUCACUUACUUUGGGGAUGGUGGCACAAGUGAAGGAGAUUUCCAUGCUGCUUUAAAUUUUGCAGCAGUCAUGGGGGCCCCAGUUAUUUUCAUCUGUCGCAACAAUGGAUGGGCCAUUAGUACCCCCACAUCGGAACAGUUUCGAAGUGAUGGUAUUGUAGUUAGAGGUCAGGCUUAUGGAGUACGUAGUAUUCGUGUAGAUGGGAAUGAUGCUCUUGCUGUCUAUACUGCAGUUCAAACAGCCCGUGAAAUGGCCAUUAGUGAGCACAGACCCAUAUUAAUUGAGGCACUUACAUAUCGAGUUGGACACCACUCUACUUCAGAUGAUUCCACCAAAUAUCGCCCGGUUGAUGAAAUUGAACACUGGAGAAUGGCAAGAGACCCUGUAACCAGAUUCAGAAAGUGGGUUGAAUGGAAUGGCUGGUGGAGUGACGAAGAUGAGUCAGAGCUUAGAAGCAGUGCAAGGAAGCAGAUAUUGCAUGCAAUUCAGGUAGCAGAAAAGGUGGAGAAACCUCCACUUUCUGAUUUAUUCACAGAUGUCUAUGAUCAUCUCCCAUCUAAUCUGCUUGAGCAAGAAAGAUUACUUAGAGAAACCAUCAAGAGACAUCCACAGGAUUACCCCCCUGAGGUGCCUAUGUAGAUCAACCUAAUAAAGCAAGGAUGUGGAGCUGUAUGUUUCUGGAUAACCUUGGAAUCUUCCACCUUGCAUCUAUUUAACUAUCAUUACACCUUUGUAAUUCAAAGCAUCUGGUGCCUACCCAUAUCUGAUCUUGGAGAUCACAUCUGAUGUAGAACAGAAUCAAAGAACAAUGGUUUAGAUGUUAAGACAGUUAAUAAGCAAUAAAAAUAGUUUUUUUUUUCUAUU